AAUUCAUUUAUUACUGGAAUAAAUUCAUCUUUUCGUAACCAUGGCAUCGAUUGGUUCUCAUCUGCUGAUAUUCCAUAUAGUGCUGUUUCUGCUGAAAACAUCAAGAGCGCAGCCAAUGAGUUGUUCAAGGCCUGUAAAUACUCGGAAUCUAUUUUACUUUAUUCUCAGGCAAUAGAACUCGCGCCAACCAAUGCAACUUACUAUUCAAAUCGUGCUGCUGCAUAUCUCAUGGUCAAUUUGUUUUCAGAAUCCCUUGCUGACUGCAUCAAAGCUAUUGAAAUUGAGCCCGACUUUAUAAAGGCACAUUUUCGUGCUGCAAAGUGCCAGGUGCAUCUUGGCAGAUUAUCAGAGGCUAUGGAGCACGUUCGAAAUGCUGAAAAGCUUGGAAACUCUUUUGUCAAGCGCAAGGUAGCUGACCGUGCAGAAAUGAUCAACAAGGAGAUGAAGGAGAUUCGUGGAUUGGAAAGCUAUAUCAAGAGCUGUACUGAUGCUUUGCUUCAAAACGAUUAUAAAAAAGCCCUUGUUUCUGUUGAAACUGCCAUGACACUUGUUGAUCCUACACUGCGAUCCACUGGCGCAACGACAUCUGUUUCCAACGUAGACAGCAGUAAGCUUGCCAAGAUUUGCAUCAAAUGGCAAAUGUAUCGUGCACAGGCAUUAAUUGGGUGCUGGGAUCUUGACGAAGCUGUAACUGUAGCGCACUCCAUUUUGUUUAAAGACUCUCGUAACUCUGAAGCACUGGUGAUACGUGCACGUACGAUGCAUUUGCUCGACUCUCAUCCUGUUUCCACCAUCAUUCAAUACCUCACACAGGCUCUUACAUUUGAUCCCGAUAACAAGGAUGCUCGUGCACUACACAAGCACAUCAAGUCAAUUGAGGCUUUGAAGCAGGAAGGAAAUGAUGCUUUUUCUAAAAGUAACUGGACCGAGGCGCUUGAAAGCUAUGAAAAGUAUCUUUCUGCUGAUGCAAAUGGAGGUGUUGUUCGUGCCAAGGUUUUGAGCAACAGGGCAAAUGUGCUUAGCAAGCUUGGUAAACAUAAAGAUGCAAUAGAAGAUGCAUCAGACGCCAUUAAACUCCUUGAAUCCAUUUGCUUUCCCAAACUGUAUCUCCGUCGUGCUGAUGCAUAUAUGAAGUUGGAACAGUAUGAAGAGGCCGUGCGUGACUAUGAGUGUGCAAUUGGAAUCAAGCCCAAGGAUCAAAGUGUAAACCAGGCUAUUCGAAAUGCAAAGCACCUUCUUGCACUCUCAAAACGAAAGGACUAUUAUAAGAUUCUUGGAUGUAGUCGCGACGCAACAGACAGCGAAAUCAAAAAAGUAUAUCGUAAACUUGCACUUCAAUACCAUCCGGACAAGCAGGUAGGGCUUUUAGACGAAGAGCGCACACAAGCCGAAAACAAGUUUAAAGAGAUUGGAGAGGCGUAUGCAGUAUUGUCUGAUCAUCAAAAGAAACGACGGUUUGAUGCAGGGAUGGAUGUGGACGGAUCUAGUGCUUCGGAUGGUCAUGGUGGUGGAUUUGGACAUUCAGCCAGCAUGGAUGACUUGCUUGCUCGGUUUGCUACUAGCAGUGGUGGAUUUAGUGGUGGCAGAGGACAUCAGCAUUCAUAUAGUUCAUAUGGUGGACAGAGUAGUAGUGCGCAUGGAUUCCAUUUUGGAUAAAGAUAUUGCCUGUUAUUCGGUUCUAUAAUAC